AUGUCACAAGCUUCUGAGCAAUGGAAAUGGUCUGAAAUGCAAGGCAUUGAGUUGCUUUCAUCUUCUCCUACAACAACUUCAAUAUCAACAUUGGAGUUAGAAAGAGGAGAAUCCAAGGAACAAAUGGAACUGGAAGGGGAAAGUUCUUUACCCAACAACAAAAGUUGUGAUUUUUCUGAUGGAAAUGAGAAGAUUAAGAAUGUUACUUCUGUUGGGUUUGGUGAGCUUUUCAGAUUUGCUGAUGGGUUGGAUUAUAUUCUCAUGACAGUUGGAACUCUUGGAGCAAUUGUACAUGGUUGUUCGUUACCACUUUUUCUUCGGUUCUUUGCUGAUCUUGUUAACUCUUUUGGUUCCAAUGCUGAUGAUUUAGACAAGAUGACCCAAGAAGUUGUUAAGUAUGCGUUUUACUUUCUGGUUGUUGGUGCUGCUAUUUGGGCAUCUUCAUGGGCAGAGAUUUCUUGUUGGAUGUGGACUGGUGAGAGACAAUCAACAAGGAUGAGAAUUAAGUAUCUUGAAGCUGCUUUGGAUCAAGAUAUUCAGUUCUUCGACACUGAAGUUCGAACUUCCGAUGUUGUUUUUGCCAUCAACGCCGAUGCUGUUAUGGUACAAGAUGCUAUAAGUGAGAAGUUAGGUAAUUUUGUUCACUAUAUGGCUACAUUUGUUUCUGGGUUUGCUGUGGGUUUUACUGCUGUUUGGCAAUUAGCAUUGGUUACACUUGCUGUUGUCCCUAUGAUAGCUGUAAUAGGAGGCAUUCAUACUACCACUUUGGCUAAGUUAUCUGGUAAAAGCCAAGAAGCUCUUUCUCAUGCUGGCAACAUUGUGGAACAGACAAUUGUUCAAAUUAGAGUAGUGUUAGCAUAUGUUGGAGAGACAAAAGCACUACAAGGCUAUUCGUCUACUCUGAGGGUUGCUCAAAAGAUCGGUUACCGGACUGGACUUGCAAAGGGAAUUGGAUUAGGUGCUACAUACUUUGUUGUUUUCUGCUGUUAUGCACUUUUGUUAUGGUAUGGUGGCUAUUUGGUUAGACAUCACUACACUAAUGGAGGACUUGCAAUUGCUACAAUGUUUGCUGUCAUGAUUGGUGGAUUGGCUUUAGGCCAGUCUGCACCAAGCAUGGCCGCAUUUACGAAGGCCAGAGUUGCUGCUGCAAAAAUUUUCCGUGUGAUUGAUCACAAGCCUUGUAUAGACAAAAAAAGCGAAUCAGGUUUGGAGUUAGAGACCGUGACAGGACUAGUGGAGCUUAAAAAUGUGAACUUUUCAUAUCCAUCAAGACCUGAAGUUCAAAUCCUUCAAAAUUUCUCCUUGAGUGUUCCUUCUGGCAAGACCAUAGCUUUGGUUGGUAGUAGUGGUUCUGGAAAAAGCACGGUUGUUUCGCUCAUCGAGAGAUUCUAUGACCCUUCUUCUGGAGAAGUUUUGAUAGAUGGAUAUGAUGUUAAGACAUUGAAGCUUAAAUGGUUGAGACAACAGAUAGGACUUGUGAGCCAAGAACCGGCUUUAUUUGCCACCACAAUUAAAGAAAAUAUACUGUUGGGCAGACCUGAUGCAGAUCAAGUAGAGAUCGAAGAGGCUGCUAGAGUAGCUAAUGCUCAUUCCUUCAUCUUCAAACUUCCUCAAGGUUAUGAAACACAGGUUGGGGAGAGAGGGUUGCAACUAUCAGGGGGACAAAAGCAGAGAAUAGCGAUUGCAAGGGCAAUGCUGAAAAACCCGUCAAUUCUUCUCCUAGAUGAGGCAACGAGUGCAUUGGACUCCGAGUCAGAAAAGCUGGUUCAAGAAGCUCUUGAUAGAUUCAUGAUUGGUAGAACAACUCUUGUAAUUGCACAUCGACUAUCUACUAUUUGCAAAGCUGACCUUGUUGCGGUACUUCAGCAAGGAAGUGUUUCUGAAGUCGGAACUCACGACGAGCUCUUUGCUAAAGGGGAAAAUGGAGUUUAUGCCAAGCUUAUCAGAAUGCAGGAGACGGCAAAUGAAAGCUCAACAAGCAAUGCCAGAAAAAGUAGUGCAAGGCCUUCAAGUGCUAGAAAUUCUGUAAGCUCACCGAUAAUUACUCGGAAUUCUUCUUAUGGCGGCCGAUCACCAUACUCGAGGAGGUUUUCUGAUUUCUCCACAUCUGAUUUUAAUCUCUCCCAUGAUGCAUCGUAUCCAAAUUACAAGCUUGAGAAGCUUGCCUUCAAAGAGCAAGCGAGUUCCUUCUGCCGACUUGCGAAAAUGAAUUCUCCUGAAUGGUUAUAUGCAUUGAUUGGUUCUAUAGGCUCUAUUGUUUGUGGAUCCCUUAGUGCAUUCUUUGCUUAUGUUCUCAGUGCUGUCCUCAGUGUUUAUUACAAUCCAAACUACAAACACAUGAUUAGAGAAAUCGAAAAAUACUGCUACUUGCUGAUUGGACUUUCGUCGGCUGCACUAUUCUUCAAUACAUUGCAGCACUUCUUCUGGGAUAUUGUCGGUGAAAAUCUUACUAAACGAGUGAGGGAGAAAAUGUUGAGUGCGGUGCUUAAAAAUGAAAUGGCGUGGUUUGAUCGAGAGGAAAAUGAGAGUGCUAGGAUUGCAGCUAGACUAGCUCUUGAUGCCAAUAAUGUUAGAUCUGCUAUUGGCGAUCGGAUUUCGGUAAUUGUGCAGAACACUGCACUUAUGAUUGUUGCUUGUACUGCAGGGUUUGUAUUGCAGUGGCGGCUUGCCCUUGUUCUCGUUGCUGUCUUCCCAGUUGUUGUCGCAGCCACUGUCUUACAGAAAAUGUUCAUGUCGGGUUUCUCUGGCGACUUAGAAGCUGCUCAUGCCAAGGCCACACAACUAGCUGGGGAGGCUAUAGCCAAUGUAAGGACUGUUGCUGCGUUUAAUUCGGAAAAGAAAAUUGUUGGCCUUUUCGCUUCGAACCUUGAAACUCCACUACGGCGUUGCUUUUGGAAGGGACAGAUUUCUGGAAUUGGUUAUGGGAUAGCUCAGUUUGCACUCUACGCUUCCUAUGCUCUUGGUCUUUGGUAUGCUUCCUGGCUUGUGAAGCACGGCAUCUCCGAUUUCUCUAAAACAAUCCGAGUAUUUAUGGUCCUCAUGGUCUCUGCCAAUGGUGCUGCCGAAACAUUAACUUUGGCUCCUGACUUCAUCAAGGGAGGUCGAGCUAUGAGGUCGGUUUUCGAUCUCCUUGACCGUAGAACUGAAAUUGAGCCAGAUGAUCUAGAUGCCGCCCAUGUCCCCGACUCUCUUCGCGGGGAAGUGGAACUCAAGCAUGUCGACUUCUCUUAUCCCAGCCGACCAGAUAUGCCAGUUUUCCGCGACCUUAGUCUUCGUGCAAAGGCAGGCAAAACUCUUGCUCUUGUAGGCCCUAGUGGAUGUGGCAAGAGCUCGGUUAUUGCACUUAUACAAAGAUUCUAUGAUCCAACGUCUGGCCGAGUCACAAUCGAUGGAAAGGACAUAAGGAAAUACAAUCUCAAGUCCCUUAGAAAACACAUUGCAGUGGUGCCUCAAGAGCCAUGCUUAUUUGCUACUACUAUUUCUGAAAACAUUGCUUAUGGACACGACUCAGCUUCCGAAUCCGAGAUUAUCGAAGCUGCGACUCUCGCAAAUGCUCGCAAGUUCAUAUCUUCUCUACCAGACGGAUACAAAACAUUUGUUGGCGAACGUGGAGUUCAACUAUCCGGCGGACAGAAGCAAAGAAUAGCAAUUGCUCGAGCUUUUAUACGGAAAGCAGAACUCAUGCUUCUCGAUGAAGCAACAAGUGCACUUGAUGCUGAAUCUGAAAGGUCUGUUCAAGAGGCCCUUGACCGUGCCUGCUUGGGAAAAACUACUAUCAUUGUUGCACACAGGCUAUCGACUAUUAGGAAUGCCAAUCUCAUUGCAGUGAUUGAUGAUGGGAAAGUUGAGGAACAAGGCUCACAUUCACAUUUGUUGAAAAAUCACCCGGAUGGGAUCUAUGCGCGCAUGAUUCAACUGCAAAGGUUGACGAAUGACCAAGUCGUUGGGACUGCGUCGAGUUCAGGUUCUUCAGCAAGAACAAAAGAUGAUGAAGUUGAAUGCUAG